UGUGUGUAAGGGAGGGUAAGGAACACGCGCGCACCCAAUUUUCCUUGCUAGUGACCCAAAUGUGGAAUCGAUAAAAUCUUGGCACUUUUAUUUGCUUCCCGCAUUAUAUUUCUUGUAAAGAAAAAAAUCGAAAUUUGUGUCAUUAUAAUAUUAGCUUACGGAAUCCAGGUAUGAAACGGAACUUAUUUCCCAGAAUGGGAAUAGGUCUGGGGCCUGGAAUAUCCUCGUAUGGCCUCACUUCCUGCUUUAAAUCUUCGUGGGUUACUACGACCGAAAAUCGUCUUCUGCCGAGGUGCAGAAAUCUUUUCGCCAGCAACUUAUUUCUCGACAUCGUGAACCUGCAGCUCAUUUCACAACAAACAUAAUAAUAAUUGACGGUCGCUCUCGUCAAGGCCUGAUAAAAAACAAAAUAGAAACAGCGCUGCCUGGUCGGACACGCGGAAUUACAUCCAAGGCCACCAUUCGGUGCCUAAAGGACCUUAAUAUUGGGCUCAAACGAGAUUCAGCGAUGAUGCGCCGCGGUGUGGCUCUCUGUAGGACGAUCGCGAAACGCGCAUUCGCCACAGCAACCCAACCAUUGCCCUACGACAAAGUACCAGGGCCGAAGCCCAUUCCAAUCCUCGGAAACAAAUUUAGGUUUCUUCCUGGAUUUAAGAAAUACGAUUUCACAAAUUGGAUCAAAUUGCACACGCAACUGCGCAAUGAAUUUGGUGACAUUGUGCGAUUUUCGGGCCUCGAGCCACGUCGCGACCUGUUGUACAUUUUCAAGCCCGAGGACAUGGAGACAAUGUUCAGGAACGACGGACCCUGGCCGGAGAGACCCUCCAUCAAGGCCUUCCAGUACUACCGUGACGUCACCAAGAAGGAAGUCUUCCAGGGCCUAAGUGGAGUCCUUGUUGAUCAAGGUCCUGGUUGGCAGGAGGCGCGCUCUCAGGUCAACCCAGUCUUGAUGAAGACUCAGGUCGUGCAAAUGUACGCAGAAAAAAUCGGCGCAGUUGCGGAGGAAUUCGUUAAUUUAUUACCAAAGUGGAGAGACGCAAAAAACGAGAUGCCGGCCAAUUUCAAAAACGAAAUUCACAAGUGGGCCCUCGAAUCAAUUGGGCUGGUGGCUCUUGACACCCGAUUGGGGUGUCUGCAAGAAAAUCUGCUGGCCGACUCGGAACCGCAGCGAAUGAUCGACUCUGUCCACUUGAUCCUUCAGUCUGUGCACGCUCUUGAGAUUAGCAACUCUCUCUGGACGAAGGUCCCGACGCCAACCUGGUCAAAGUUUGAAACAACCAUGGACUAUUUCACCGGUGUGGCCCUGAAAUACGUGAAUGAAGCGAUAGAGCGUAUUAAGAAAAAGAGUGGUGAUCUCGAGGGGGACAAGCAGAGCGUCCUCGAAAGGUUCCUGCAGAGGGACCCGAACCCCACAAGAGCCGUCGUAAUGGCUCUUGACAUGCUCAUGGCCGGCGUUGAUACGACGUCUCACGCGUUGACCAACGUGUUGCUGCACCUGUCGGCCAACCAGGAUAAGCAGCAGAAGUUAUUCGAGGAGCUGAAAAGGGUUCUUCCUAACCCAAGCACCCCCAUCACCAACGAGAUGCUUGACGAGAUGAAGUUCAUGCGCGCGUGCAUUAAGGAGAGCGCUAGGUUGUUGCCUGUGUUCUCAGGCAACGCCAGAACCACCCAAAAAGAAAUCGUCCUCUCAAACUUCAAAAUUCCCAAAGGAGUGGAUGUGAUAAUGGCACACGCGGUGAUUUCGAGAUCGAGCAAACAUUAUAAAGAGCCUGACGCGUUUAUCCCUGAACGGUGGAUGAGGGGCGGCGAGCAGGAGGAAAAGACCAACCCCUUCGUGACGCUGCCCUUUGGCCACGGCGCCCGCAAGUGCGUUGGCAUGAGAUUCGCCUCCCUGGAGCUGGAAAUGGUGCUCGCCAAGAUGAUAAGGCGCUUCAACUGGCGGUACGAAUAUGGCGAGAUGAAUUACCAAACCUUCUUUGUGCAAGUACCGAUGGACCCGCUCAAGUUCCAGGUCACUGAUCGCACCCACUAAGAAACGACGGCAACUCGCGAGGAUUAAACUUAGCAUUUUAUACAAAACGAAAAAACGAGUGUUGCUUUUUAUCCCCAUGGGAUGUGUUAUAUUUUAUAAAAAUUAAGUAUUAUAUUUAUAUUAAAUUAAUUUUGUAACAAUAUAUCAAUAUUAUAAAUGUUAAAUUACUAACAAAAUAAUUUAAAAAAAAAAAAAAAAAAAAAAAAUAGUAAAGAGCGCAGUUUUUCUUGACAGUCAUGUUUGAAAUCAUUGCCACCGCUCAUCUUUUGAUCAACAUAAACCGUUGCCAUACCUACUAAUAUUAUGGCAUCACGCACCUGCACCUCAAUUAAAAAAAAGUAAUUAUUGAUGCUCGCUCUCGGCGAGGUCUAACGGAUUUAUACAUAGAAAAGAAGCAGUGCUGCCUGGUCAGAAACGUCAAAUUACAUCCAGUUCCACCACUGACGUCUAAGGGAAUAAAGCUAUACUAUUUAUAAUUUUUGAAUAUUUGGAUGAUGUAUCUCCAGAGGCAGAGAUUGCCUUGAGGUACACCAAUAAACUUAAUUUGCAACUAUACUGUGCCGCGUUGUAUCUCCAAACAGGACGAUCGCGACUCGCGCUUUUGCCACAGCAACCCAACCAUUGCCCUACGAAAAAGUACCAGGGCCGAAGCCGAUUCCAAUUCUAGGAAACAAAUUUAGGUUCCUUACGGGAUUUAGUAAGUAAUUUUUAUUGUAUUUUUGUAAGGGAUAAGAAUAGUAGAGAGCAGAAAAUAAGAAUUGUUUUGUAGACUUUAAUUGUUAGAAAAAUAUAUUUGCCCAUUUUUUCUCA